GCAUGGGCAACUUUGGUGGCAUGGUCUGGGCCCCGCCUUUACGACUCCAUCCCUCCUCCUCCGCCCGCCCUACGGGUGUCAACUGCAGAACGGCUUUUGGCAGCUUUCUGAGACCCUAGAACCGUCAUAUUUCGGCUCCGUGCAAUCAUGAUUUAUUUUCGAUUUUGUGUGUUUUUCCGCCCCAUUCCUGCCUGACCUUCCGAAUGCGCCCAUGUGUGUGCGACUCCCCUCACGGAGGAAUGCACUCGAGAUUCCGUCCGACAGACAACAUCCUCGCGACCGGAAGAGUUACGGGGGAAGGCGAAGGGAAGGGAAGGGAAGGGAAACGGCGAGAGCGGAAGUACCUAAGGUGGCGAUACUCUACACCUAUCGUGUUCGCUACCCAACUGCACAACAGCCUGCACCUAAACUCCUUGCGGAACGAUGCAGGCAAGGCAGCGCAGCAGGACAGACCCUCCCAUCUGACUAACGGACGGAAGUUCCAGGUUUACUGCUGCUGGCCCGAGCAAGGAUAUCUGCCACGAAGAGGAAAAGAAUUUGACGUUGCGCCCCCAAUUAUUCCUCAGGGCCUGUUGUACGUCGCCGUGAGCUCCCGGUUAUCCAUGAAAUGUGCCAGGCAACACCGGGCGUCAGCCAAUCGACGUCCGAUCCGUAUCCAACAAAAAAAUGGGAAGGGAAUCGUUGGUCGUUCGUGCGGGAAGCAGGGCGAAGAAGAUGAUGAAAGACCAAAUUCCACAAAAUCGAUCCGGCCUGGGACAGGCGGACAGCUGUAUCCCACUUGUUCUUCAGUUUCGCUUGCUCCCGCCAACUGGUGGGGGGAAGGGCGGGGGUUGCAAACAUCCACUCGUCACCGGCGUUCCUCCAAACCCCCCCCUUCCCCCCUUCGUUCGACGGUUCAGCCAGCCAGAAAAACCAGCAAAGCUAUGUAUCUCUUUUGCUCAGCCUCAACCAAGGAUGAGUGGUGGUGGAGUUUCCAAUGCUUCCCGACACAACUUGAUGUGGAUGGGCAUUAUCACGCAAAUAUGGGGCGACAAUCACGAUUUCAACCGGUUUACUCUGUUGUCUCGGAUUAGAACUCGGGAUACACUAAUCUACUUGUCGCUGCCGUUGCUGUUGGCGGUUGGACAGCAGCAGGUGCUAUUGAACCUGCUGGUACUGCUUGCCGACAGG